GAACGGCCAACAUUUUUCUCGACAGUUGCCAUGGAUAAGUAGAUUAAGAAUCUUGUUAAUACCAACGCAAAACCAGGAUCAGGUGCAGAAACUCUGGUUCUCUCGAACAUUCUCUCUAUCUUGGCUGCUUCUUCGUGUCGUUCCGUACGCAUCCGCACAGUACGUGUCCUUGGAUUCAUACUCAUCCACACCCAACCCUUUCAGCUCCACCACAAAGUAUACAUGUUCGUUCCAAAUACUGAUAUUUCAGAUUUAUACUGGUCCCUGCCCAAACCUUUCUGUCCCACCAUAAAGUAAAUGUUCCAAACCCUGAUUUUUCCAGGCCUGUUCUCUUAUCUAACAAAGUAGUCACCGCUUGAGCUUUGAUCACAGAUAUCUCUUUUUGUUAUUCUAGUUGGGUUAAAUUCCUGGGUUUUCAGGCUUCCUCUGGUAUCCGAUGCCAUUUAUACCACUCGCCCUUAUCCAAAUAUCCUCGAAUUGAAUUUCCAGAUCCUGGGACUUGAAAUUCCAUGAAUUUGAAUUCCACCUCUGGGUUUGACAUUACAUUUCUCUCCCUUAAUCUCUCCCAGAAGAUUUACAAAUUCAGGUUCAAAUUCAAGCUUUAACCCAAAUUCAAUUUCUGGGUUUUCGUUCUCUCUGUACCAGGAUCUAAACUUUUGGAUCCAAAUUCGGGGCUUUAGGUUUUGGGUUUGAUAUGGGUGGUAAAAUAUCUGUAGGCAUGUCGGACACGGAUCCUCCAUUGAAGACCGGGUUGGGGGAUAUACCUGAGAGUUGUGUGGCUUUGAUUCUGAUGUCCUUGGACCCACCCGAGAUUUGCAAAUUGGCGCGUUUGAACCGGGCUUUUCGGGCCGCUUCUACGGCGAAUUUUAUAUGGGAAUCGAAAUUGCCUCCAAACUAUCGGUGUCUCGUGGAGAAAGUGUUUGAUGAGGAAACUUUGGUGAAAUUGGGGAAAAGGGAUAUCUACGCCAGGCUUUGCGGACCUAAUCCCUUUGAUAAUGGCACAAAGGAACUUUGGCUGGAUAAAAGUACGGGCGGCGUUUGUUUGUCGAUUUCGUCGAAGGGUCUUAGGAUAACCGGAAUAGAUGAUCGGAGAUACUGGAAGCACAUUUCAACUGAGGAGUCUAGGUUCCAGACGGUGGCGUAUCUCCAACAAAUCUGGUGGUUGGAAGCAGAUGGUGAGUUUGAGUUCCCAUUCCCUGCAGGCACGUAUAGUCUGUACUUCAGACUCCAGCUUGGCAGGUCCUCCAAGAGAAGGGGUCGUCGGGUUUGUAAUUCCGAGCAUAUCCAUGGCUGGGAGAUAAAACCUGCAAGCUUCCAGCUAACAACUUCUGAUGGUCAACAUGCUGUGUCCAAGUGCUAUUUGGACAAUCCUGGGAACUGGGUCAACUACCAUGCGGGAGACUUUGUUGUUGGGAGCACCAAUGCAUCGAUGAAGAUCAAAUUUUCCUUGACUCAGAUCGAUUGUACUCACACCAAAGGUGGUCUCUGUGUAGACUCUGUGUUCAUAUACCCCAAAAAUGUAGGGAAAGAGGCUAGAUUGUUUUUGUAGGCAGGUAAAGCUGUAGAAAUAUAUAGAGGUGUGCCGUGUGCAGCCCAGUAGGUGCUUGGCUUCCCUAAAAGGAAGGACAUUCAAAUAGGUCUUUUUUCGGGCCCAUAAUGUUCUUUCCAUGUAUAAUUGUGUAAUCUUUGCUUCUUUAUAUUGUUGGCUAUUUAGAUUGUUUGCAGUUGUGUUUGACCAAAAUAAUAAAAUGUCAAAUGCUUGAUUUA